GGAGGAGGCAGGAGCAGGCUCUGCCUUUCUGCCUGCGGACUGGGUUUGAAUGAUUUAAUUUGUCCGAAGAAAACGUGUCCCACUGGGAUGCACUGUAGCAAUCCAGUGCUUCAAUGGCUCCCGGAGCUGGAGCUGGCUCUCCCCCAGUUUCCUGUUGACGUCAUCUGCUAUUCCGCUGCUGCAGUUUUUACAACUGUUGAGCUUUCAAGGGUAAUCGGAGCCGAGACCGGCCAACCUCGGCAGCUGCCGAUGAGGGAACGCAGUGCUACCUUCUCUGUCUGUCCCCGCUUGCCUUCGCUGCUGCUCCUAGCCUCACGGACCCCUGGGACCUGGGGACGCCAGGCGAGAAGGGUUGUGUGAAGCUGGUGAGCUCUUCGGGCCAUGCAUUCCCACUGAAAAUAAUCAUCAGUGCUUGCAAGAAGUGCUGUGUGCUGGAUCCUGCAGGAUUUUUUUCCCCUCCCUCCUCCAGUCCGCCCCCAUCCCUCUCUUCUGCCAGGCGUGCCGACACUGUUCUUCAUUUCUGGGAAACCAUGGACAAGAAGCAAGAUUCCAAAGGAUCCUUGGAGCCGCAUAAACCAGUGAAAAGCAAGAAGAAACGGGAGCUGAGGAUAACAUGUGUCCCCAUCAAACAGCCCGUUGCCAACACAGCGCCCCCAAGGAAUUUGGAUUCCAGAGCAUUCAUUACCAUUGGAGAUAAAAACUUUGAGGUGGAAGCUGAUGACCUGGUGACAAUUUCAGAGCUGGGCCGUGGAGCCUAUGGCGUCGUGGAGAAAGUCCGGCACGCACAGAGCGGCACCAUCAUGGCCGUGAAGAGGAUUCGAGCGACUGUGAACACUCAGGAGCAGAAGAGAUUAUUGAUGGACUUGGACAUCUCCAUGAGGACAGUUGACUGCUUCUACACAGUCACCUUCUACGGAGCCCUCUUCCGUGAGGGUGAUGUGUGGAUCUGCAUGGAGCUCAUGGACACCUCCCUAGAUAAAUUCUACAAGAAAGUACUGGAGAAGAAGAAAACCAUCCCUGAAGACAUUUUGGGGAAAAUGGCUGUGUCUAUUGUACGAGCUCUGGAGCAUCUGCACAGUAAACUGUCCGUAAUCCAUAGAGAUGUGAAACCUUCCAAUGUGCUGAUCAACAAGGAGGGACAUGUGAAAAUGUGUGAUUUUGGGAUCAGCGGCUACUUGGUGGACUCGGUUGCAAAGACCAUGGAUGCUGGCUGCAAACCCUACAUGGCUCCGGAAAGAAUAAACCCUGAGCUGAACCAGAAGGGCUACAACGUGAAGUCGGAUGUCUGGAGUCUGGGAAUCACAAUGAUCGAGCUGGCCAUUCUUCGCUUCCCGUACGAGUCCUGGGGGACCCCCUUCCAACAGCUCAAGCAAGUGGUGGAGGAGCCUUCGCCCCAGCUGCCCACCGAUCGCUUCUCCAAGGAGUUUGUGGACUUCACGGCGCAGUGCUUAAGGAAGAACCCUGCUGAGCGAAUGAACUAUUUAGAACUUAUGGAACACCCUUUCUUUACCUUGCACGACACCAAAGAGACUGACAUGGCCUCCUUCGUGACAGAGAUUCUCGGGGAAGACUCCUAACUCAAACCUCACGGCUUCGUGCAGUCCCCUCCAUCCCGGCUUCCCCGCAGAAGAGCGAAUGAGGACUCGACUUAACGGUGGUUUGCACAAAUCGCAGUUCCCCAACCCGUGGGCAUCUCUGGCACCAUCCGGCCUUGCAAUCUCUUUUCUCUUUGCCCUCUAAACAAAAUCCUGCAGGAUGAGCCUUUUGAAGCCAGCACCUUUCCAACUAAGCUAUGGAGACUGAAGGCUCAGGACUUCCCUGCUGACACCAGCGUCUCCCUCCCGAGGAGAGGACCGUACCUGUGGCACCUGAGCGGGGCCAGGGCAGAGGGUGCCAGAGGGCAUCUCCGCUCCCCAGGAGCCUGGUGCACAGCGCAGGGGGGUUGUGUUUCUUUGCUGCCUGAGAAAGGCAGAGAGAAAAAAAUGCUGCUGCGCUUGCCCCACUCUUCUCCCGGGCCUGCCCAAAGCCCCUUCCCCAGGGUCUGGUCUCGCUCGCCUUCCCUUUGUGCCUGGCACUCUUGCCCCCAGGAGCCUACACAGCUUUUUAGGGGGCUGUGGGGCUCCCUGGACACGCCGCUGUUCACACCAGAGGCUGUUUUAAUGCCUGGCUUGACAUCUUAAUGACCUUUUGAGGCAGCACUAGACCGGGCAUUCACCUCCCUCAAUUGAUACACUGUUCCCUUGAGAGGGAAAAAAAGCAUUUUUCAAUGAGCCCACCUUCAUGCAAGCUGUAACCCACGCUCUCCCCAUGGGACUUCAUCCAGCACACACGUCUCCCUUCCCCACACGAGCACGGGGUGACACGGGGAGAAAAGCAGGUCCCGGGUGCUGCCGCUUUCCCCUCCGGCCCUGGCCUGGGAGGACACAUCCCUUCUCUGGGCAUCUGAUACCUUUUGCAGCCCCUGCUUCCACCUGCCCUGGCUCCUGGAGAAGACAUUGCUCUAUCUCCCUUCCACCCUGGAGCUCAUGUAAGACCUCGCACUGUGACGCCCACUCAUUUCGGAGGCCGUACUUGUACCCCUCGUGUCCGAAACUGCCUUUGAACCUUCCAGCUGCCUGCCGAGGUGUCAGCCAAGAUCGAAACCCCAGUGACUCCCACGGGGGCUGCUGACAGUUGUACAUUUUAUGUCUAUAUAUAAUGGACUUUGUAACAUGUUUCCUAGUUUUAAUCUAACUUACUAUAAAUUAAAGCCCUUCUGUGUGGGAGGAGGGAGGAGCAGUUCCUUCUCCGCUAACAAAUCCACUGUGAAAACCUGAUGUGUUUCCCCACUCUCCCAGCCUGAGCACUCUGCAAGGAGCUACGGGAGGAAAAGGGAUUUCUGUCUUCUACUGUAUAUGAUCACGGGAUAAACGCACCGGCUGUGGAUUUUGUUGUUUUUUUAAUAGAUUGAGUUUUCAGAGGGAUUUUUUUCUCUUUUCUAAUAUAUAUUUGUGUGUGUAUGUGUGUGCGCAAUAUAUAUUAUAUAUUUUUAAAUCGAUGAAUGUGUGAAUGUCUGUGUGGCCAGAUUUGGUGAAAUGGCUAACACUUUUCUGGCUAAAUUUGGGGUGGUGGGGAAGGGGCCACUAGAAAACACCCUUUUUAAAAGAAAUAUAUCUAUUUUUUAACUGAAUCUUUUAAAAAACGUUUUUCCUGAAAUUCAUCCCCCAGAGGUCUGGAUUACAGGGUGCAUUUCCAGUGCUCAGGGUCCCCCACCCACUGAAGAAUGAAGUCCCUGUGAAUUUGUUGCUCCCCACUCCUGCAGCCCGGGGUUUGAAGCGGCGCUGGGGACCCUGUGCCUGGGGACAGGGCUGCUUGACACCAUCUCUUCCUUUGAGCUGCUCCUGGGGGGGGAAGCUGCUUCAAGGCAAAUGGGUUUCAGUCCUUCAUGCCCCCGUGUUGGGGCAUCAUGCAGCAGCGCUUCCCCCCCAUCACCGCUCUGAUCCCCUUCCCUGGGUCGACAAACCCCGAGAGAACCAGUCCAGGCUGAGCUGGACAAACCCUGUUCAGCUUGUUUGACCCUGACCCCCCCACCCCACCUCUUUAUGCAAAAUCAGAAAGUGAUUGAUGUUCUCCACCUUUCCCUCCUCUGUCCCGCUCUGCCUCUGCAAACCACCCCGAUGCUCUCCGGGAGCACCCACCCCCUUACCUGCUUGGUCUCACAGCUUUGCAGCUGAGAUGUACAAUUGUAUUAUUUUUUUCAUAGUUGGUUACUUUGGAUUGAUUUUUGUUUUGAAGUUGAGCUUCUGUUUUUUCCCUUCUCUCCUUGUUUCAACCCCUUUCCCCUUCCUGUAUCUCACCCUUUUUUGGUGCAUUGGGGAAUGGCGAUUUUUAAGUUUUUUGCAUGUUUUUUAAGGGUUUUUUUUUUUUUUGGCUGCAUUUCUCCUCCUGGAGAAAGUCCUGAUUCCUGUAUUUUGGGGAAAGAGAGCAUCUGCCCUUUCAAACACUGGGGAGAUGCCUUCAGGCUGGGCUUGGGCCCCUGUGGAUGAAGCAAGGCUUUGCUGAAGAGGCAAACACACCUUCGAGUGCCAUCUGCUCUGCUUCAUUCUACGUGAGUCUUACCUGUGUGUCCCUCUUCACAUCCGAGGCUUUCCUGUCCUGCUGUGUCCCUCCUGCCAUGGUGGGAACGGCAGCCCUGGGGGAUCCAGCUUGGCUUUAAGGUGGACGACGAUUUUGACUCACAUCAGAAGCCCCUCUAGCCUUGUAUUUUCGAGAACGGUCUGUACCCACUAAACCCAGUCAUUGUUUUCAAUAAAAUUCACCCUCAGACCUGC